AUGUUUUGCUCUCUGUCUCGUCUCUUUCUCACUACCCCACAUACGCGUGAACUCUUCCAUUCUGGUAGAAGCCAACAGGCAGGGACGCCCGAUUUCCCCUUGGCCCAGGCCUCGAUAGAACGACAAAGGGUCUCGUUUCACCCCGCCACUCUUCUCGCCAGCCUGGGGCACAAGUCGGCCGGGUUGGCCAAAUAUGUCCGCUAG